UCCAGUCCCUGUAACUCGACUUGCUUAACGCUUCCUGAUGGCUGGGGUUGUUUUUUUUUUCUCUCCUCUUGCACCAACAGAUUAAAAAACAACACCCCAACCUAAGCCCCAAUAUGUUCCAAACCUCAACCUGCAGGCGGAAGGGGGAAGUGAAACCCGGCUGGGGGUGGGGGCUCCGGCCCGCCGCCCGCCCAAGGAAGCGCUGAGCGGCCGCACACACGCACAGCCGAAAUCGGCCCAGACGCUAGGCCGAUGGCGGAGGCUCCGAGCCACCCCGACUCUGAGGAGCAGGAAGAGCUGCUGGUGGAAGAAGCCACGGGGCUCACCACUCAGUGGAGCGUGGAAGAUGAAGAAGAGGCCGCGAGGGAGAGGCGCCGGAGAGAGAGGGACAGGCAGCUGCGGGCCCAGGACGAGGACGGAGAUGGCCAGUCCCCGGAACAGCCAGAGCAGGAGAAACUCCUCAGCCUGAAGCCCUCCGAGGCCCCCGAACUGGACGAGGAUGAGGGUUUCGGUGAUUGGUCGCAGAAGCCGGAGCAGCGGCAGCAGCACUCCGGAGCUGGGGAGCCUGUGGAUGGCGGGGCGCCCCCUCGGGCUGAGAGUCCGGAGGGGGAGCAGGAGGAGGACAGGCCCCACCAGCAUGGUCCCGGGAACGAGGAUGGUGACAAGCUGAGCCCAGCUGGGGUCAGCCUGGAGGAGUUGCGUCUGAGCCAUGGGUCAGAGCCCCAGGACGAGACAGAGCCCAGAGGCCCAGAGGGGACCAGCCAGGGCCUGGCAGAGGCUGAGGAGGCAGAGGAGCAGCACCAGAAAUGUCAGCAGCCCAGGGCACCCAGCCCCUUGGUCCUGGAGGAGACGACCGAACAGGGCUCACCUCCCCUGAGCCCCAGCAUCAAACUCAGUGACAGAACCGAGUCCCUGAACCGCUCCAUCAAGAAGAGUAACAGUGUGAAGAAGUCCCAGCCAGCCCUGCCCAUCUCCAAGAUUGAUGAGCGGCUGGAGCAGUACACCCAGGCCAUCGAGACUGCUGGCCGGACCCCCAAGCUAGCCCGCCAGCCCUCCAUUGAGCUGCCCAGUAUGGCCGUGGCGAGUACUAAGAGCCGGUGGGAGACGGGAGAGGUGCAGGCUCAGUCCGCCGCCAAGGCCCCCUCCUGCAAGGAUAUUGUAGCUGGAGACAUGAGCAAGAAAAGCCUCUGGGAGCAGACAGGUGGCUCCAAGACGUCGUCGACAGUUAAGAGCACCCCGUCUGGGAAGAGGUACAAGUUUGUGGCCACCGGACACGGGAAAUAUGAGAAGGUGCUCGUAGACGAAGGCUCGGCACCCUAGGCCGCCCUUCUCGCUUUCCUGCCGCUGCAGUGCAGGCUGAGCUCCCUCCGUGCUCCCAGGGGAGAGUCCAGCCGGAUGCCCACCCUGGCCUGCCGAAGAAGCUGCUUCCAUCACCUGCUUGGCCUGCCCACGCCCCUCCAACACCCGCCACCACCACAACCUCUUUGCUCCUGGACCCUCCACCUUCUCUCCCCUCCCACUGUCUGACCAUGCCCCCCCCCAGCCUGGCUCUGCCUCUUAUAAGCUCAGGCUGGCAGCUGGCUAAAGGGACCCCCUCCCCCAGAGAAGCCAAGAACUCCCAAGGAAGGUGCAGCCUGUGCAGAGAGAGGGCAUCUGUGGGGGACCUCAUGGUCAAGAGCCAGUGACACCUGAGCUGGAUGCUUAGGCCCUACAUCCUUCUCUGCCCCCUGCUUGCAGACCAAUCCAUUUUGUGCAAUAAAGCUCCUCGUGUGUCCCCA